AAGAUCCGGCGGCGCUACUGCAGCGGCGGGAGUAGCGGAGCGGGGCGGAAGCUGCGCCCCGCACCAUGGAGGGCAGUCCAGUCCCCCUCUGGGUCUCCACUGGCCUUGGUCACUGCCCGAGACUCCUCUGCCAGCUCUCUCUGCUGCUUUCCGGGCGCCAUCCACUCCUCACCUCAAAGCCAACAUGAAGGAACCCCGGGGCGACGGCGGGGGCGCCCCCUUCUGCACCCGCCUCAACAAUUCCUACCCCGGCAUGUGGGCGCAAGAGCGCUCCGCGGAGGCGCGGGGCAACCUCACCCGGCCCCCAGGGUCCAGCGAGGACUGCGGAUCAGUGUCCGUGGCCUUCCCAAUUACCAUGCUGAUUACCGGCUUCGUGGGCAACGCGCUAGCCAUGCUGCUUGUGUCUCGCAGCUACCGGCGCCGGGAGAGCAAACGCAAGAAAUCCUUCCUGUUGUGCAUCGGCUGGCUAGCGCUCACCGACCUGGUCGGGCAGCUGCUAACCAGCCCGGUGGUCAUUGUCGUGUACCUCUCCAAGCAGCGUUGGGAGCAGCACGACCCGUCGGGGCGGCUGUGUACCUUCUUCGGUCUGACUAUGACUGUUUUUGGGCUCUCCUCGCUCUUCAUUGCCAGCGCCAUGGCCGUCGAGCGGGCACUGGCCAUUCGGGCGCCACACUGGUAUGCGAGCCACAUGAAGACGCGCGCUACCCGUGCGGUGCUGUUCUGUGUGUGGUUGUCAGUGCUGGCCUUUGCCCUGUUGCCUGUGUUGGGUGUAGGCCAGUACACUGUCCAGUGGCCCGGGACGUGGUGUUUCAUCAGCACCGGGCGAGGGGGCAACGGGACUAACUCUUCGAACAACUGGGGCAACGUUUUCUUCGCCUCCACGUUCGCCUUCCUGGGACUCUUAGCUCUGGCGGUCACCUUCGCCUGUAACCUGGCCACCAUUAAGGCCCUGGUGUCCCGCUGCCGGGCCAAAGCCGCGGCAUCGCAGUCCAGUGCCCAGUGGGGCCGGAUCACAACUGAGACGGCCAUCCAACUUAUGGGGAUCAUGUGCGUGCUGUCAGUCUGCUGGUCGCCGCUUUUGAUAAUGAUGUUGAAUAUGAUCUUCAGUGAGACAUCUGUUGAGCACUGCAAAACGCAGACAGAAAAGCAGAAAGAAUGCAACUUCUUCUUAAUAGCUGUUCGCCUGGCUUCACUGAACCAGAUCUUGGAUCCCUGGGUUUAUCUGCUGCUAAGAAAGAUCCUUCUUCGAAAGUUUUGCCAGGUAGCAAAUGCUGUCUCCAGCUGCUCUAGUGAUGGACAGAAAGGGCAGCCCAUCUCAUUAUCUAAUGAAAUAAUACAGACAGGAGCAUGAAAGAGAACACUUAACCAACUUGCAUGUUCACAGCUUUUGAYAAGAAAUAGCCCUAAACUUUGUGAAUUAGGCAUCUCUGGCAUGCCACUGUUUAUGCAUUGAAGUGGAAUUUUUAUAUAAAGCUAAAUGGUCUGAGAAGCAUAGAUAAAUCCUAUGUGCCAAAAGCACUGAAGCAUAAACAAAGGAAAAUAUAUUAAUAACAGUCUAGUGUGUUUUUUGGAUUUCUGCCAUUUGUAGCUGAAUAUGUGAUUAUUUAUGUGAUGAAAACACUUAUUAUAAAUGAUCUUGGUCUAUUGGAGGGGCUAAGAAUGGUUAAUAUCCCAGUAUACUGAGCACAUGGAGGACAGAAACCCAUAUAUCACUGAAAACAAGGGGUAGCAGCUUGUUCUUUUUUCAAGUACAUUUGGUCUUCUGUGUUCUCUUUCAUUGUCUCUGUCACUUUUCCUCUGUCACU